UGUGAUGAUGAUAAUGCUAAUUGAGUAGCCAUACUUUGCAUUUAAUCUGUAACUGUUAAAGUGGUGGAUUUUGGAACUUGACGAGCAGGCCAAUGGAGAUGACGCUGAGCCGUGGGCAGUGGAUGAGGCGGCACCUCGCAACCCUCUGUUUCCCCCUUCAACCUCUUCACUCUUCCUCUUUCUCACCAAUUCGCUUUCUCAAUCCCCCAUCCAUCUCUCACUCUCUCUACUCCUUUCCAUUUCUCUCUAAUGGCCCUUCUCUCUCUUUCUCAGCCGCUGCCACUCUUCAAUCCACUAUCUCCUCCAACCCUAAAGGGGGCGACGAAAGUAUUGAGAUUCCAAUGAAGGGUUCAAUGGUUAUUUUAAAAGAGAUGAGAUAUCACGAGCUUCAGAAAUGGGUUCAGUCGCAUGGGUACAGGCCUGCUCAGGCUAUGAUGUUAUGGAAACGCUUGUACGGAAACAAUAUCUGGGCUCACUGCCAUGAAGAAUUAGAAGGUUUGAACAAGGAUUUCAAAAAGAUGUUGAGUGAACAUGCUGAAUUCAAGGCACUACACUUAAAGGAUAUUGUUACAGCUUCAGAUGGAACCAAGAAGAUACUGUUCACUUUGGAGGACGGACUAGUGAUAGAAACCGUCGUGAUUCCUUGCCGUAGGGGCCGGACCACAGUAUGUGUUUCUAGUCAAGUGGGGUGUGCUAUGAACUGUCAGUUUUGCUACACCGGGAGAAUGGGACUGAAAAGAAAUUUAUCUGCUGCCGAGAUAGUGGAGCAGGCUGUGUUUGCAAGGCGAUUGCUUUCACAUGAAGUUGGUAACAUAACAAAUGUUGUAUUCAUGGGGAUGGGCGAACCACUUCACAACAUUGAGAAUGUUCUAAAAGCUGCUGACAUAUUGGUAGACGAGCAAGGUCUUCAAUUCAGUCCUCGUAAAGUUACGGUUUCGACUAGCGGCCUUGUUCCACAAUUAAAGCGUUUCCUUAAAGAAUCUGACUGUGCAUUAGCUGUCAGUUUAAAUGCUACUACAGAUGAGGUCAGAAAUUGGGUCAUGCCAAUCAACCGCAAGUAUAACCUUGAGCUACUUCUUGGAACACUUCGGGAGGAACUUCUCUUGAAACGCAACUACAAGGUCUUAUUUGAAUAUGUAAUGCUCGCUGGAGUUAAUGACAGUGUCGAAGAUGCUAAGCGGUUGAUCAAUCUUGUCCAAGGCAUUCCUUGCAAGAUUAAUCUAAUAUCUUUCAACCCCCAUUGUGGGUCAAACUUUAAGCCAACCAAAGACGAGAAGAUGAUUGAGUUUCGCAACAUACUUGCUGCAGCAAGAGUCGUGGUUUUCCUACGAACCAGCAGAGGCGAUGAUCAGAUGGCUGCCUGCGGCCAGCUUGGCGAACCUGGUGAAAUCCAGGCUCCCCUGUUCAAAGUCCCACCUAAGUUUCGACCUGUGCUGGAUUCUUCGCUCGCAACGUAGGCUUUGACCAUCCGACUGCAUAUAACUUUGAUUUGGUUUCUAUUGUUGGGAAUCUGAUUGCUUUUAUCUCUACAUGUUUUCUCAGUUUCUUGUAUGCGGAUUUUAGUUUUAGUUACAGGUGCAUUGGGCAUCUCUGAACGAAUGGUGUUGAGUACCAUUUUCAUAAGAAUGUUAGAAUUUGACGUAGAUGGAAUCUUUCAAUAUAUCAUAUAUGUACCAUCUGAUAUGUAAAGGAAUGUUAUGUGACUAUGUGAGUAUAAUCCUCGUUUAGUUCA